AUGCGAGAACGCAGCCAGGACAGCCAGGCAGGACUCACGGUGUAUGUAGGACUCUUUGGGCACCUGGGGAUGCUUCACCGGACCAAGUACAGCCGCUUUCGGAACGAAUCCAUCACGUCUUUGGACGAAGGGAGCCCAGGAGGCUCCGUUGGAAACAAGGGCUCAUCGCCGCCUCCCUACCCAACCCUGGCCCCUCACCUGCCGACUGAAGAUGCCACUGCGCCCAGCCAGGAGAGUCCUACCGCGCUGUGCACCUUGAUUCCCCGGAUGGCAAGCAUGAAGCUAGCCAACCCUAUCACUUUUCUGAGCCUGAAAACCUUCUGCUUGGGUACGAAACAGGUACCCCGGUUGAAGCUCCAAGAAAACCAGGAUCAGACUCCAAGCAGUCCAGCGUCCCCAGAAACCAGUCUAAAUAGGACUGGGCCUGCAUCUGAACCGGAUCCGGACCAGGUGGGACGCAGGCCCACCUCCUUGCGUCCUGAUACUUGCCCACUGCCUGGCCCUGGAGAACCAAGCCCCAGGAGCAAGCAGGACAAGCAGGACGGCCCCCCUCUGCAGCACCUGUUGGGGAACGGUCUGAACUACUGUGUGAGGUACAUGGGCUGCAUUGAAGUGCUGCAAUCAAUGAGGUCACUGGAUUUUGGAAUGAGAACCCAAGUUACAAGGGAAGCAAUAAGUCGCCUGUGUGAAGCUGUCCCCGGGGCCCAUGGAGCCAUUAAGAAACGAAAGGUUCCAGUUAAGUUCCUGACAACGGUUCUUGGCAAAAGCAAUCUUCAGUUUUCAGGAAUGAAUAUAAAACUGACUGUUUCAACAAGCAGCCUCACCCUGAUGAACCUCGACAAUCAUCAGAUUAUUGCAAAUCAUCAAAUGCAAUCGAUUUCAUUUGCCUCUGGAGGGGACCCUGAUACUACAGACUAUGUUGCCUAUGUAGCUAAAGAUCCAGUCAACCAACGAGCGUGCCACAUUCUGGAGUGUCGCAGUGGGAUGGCCCAAGAUGUCAUAAGUACCAUAGGGCAGGCCUUUGAACUCCGCUUCAAACAGUACUUGAAAAAUCCUUCCUUGAACACUCUGGAAAGGGAGGAGGUCCUUGUUGAUGGUACCUCUGAAAACAGAGACCAUGACUAUUACAACUCCAUCCCAGGGAAGCAGCCCCCUGCAGGCGGCAUUUCAGACGUGCGGCUCCAGGUUCCAACUACAGAGCAGAUGGCUUACUGCCCGAUCCGCUGUGAAAAGUUGUGCUAUUUGCCUGGGAACUCCAUGUGCAACGGUGUGUAUAAGAACUGUAUGGGACGGAGCAGGCCAAUAGGUGUACCCCACGAGAGAGGGAUACCGAGUGACAUUCCAUCGCUGAGGCACUUCUGGCGAGUGGAUCUCUUUGAUGACCCCUGCUACGUCAAUACGCAGGCUCUUCAGAGUAUGCGCAGCUAUGCUGGAAAUCAAAGCUCAACUCUGCCACAGGAGAGCCCAUGGCACCUUGGAAAGGCACCGGAAACCGUGCAGCCAGGAGCGUCGGCCAAGCCCGGGAGCGCCGUGCAGCCAGGAGCGUCGGCCAAGCCCGGGAGCGCAUGCGCCUUGCCACACAUGAAGCAGCAGCUGUGGACUGAGGACUGCUUCCACGGCAAACUGAGCAGGGGCGAAGCCGAGAAGCUGUUGGUGAAGGAUGGGGACUUCUUGGUUCGAGAGAGUGUAACAUCUCCUGGCCAGUUUGUGCUGAGCGGACUGCAAGGUGGCCAGGCCAAGCAUCUCCUCUUGGUGGAUCCUGAAGGCAAGGUGAGGACGAAGGACCAUGUGUUUGAUAAUGUUGGCCACCUUAUCAAAUAUCAUAUGGAUAAUAGUUUGCCAAUCAUCUCUUCUGGAAGUGAAGUAAGCCUUAAACAACCAAUAAAAAAAUAUAAUAACACAGGACUUUUGCCCUCCAAGAAAUGACGACUCUGGGUUCCGUGUCAGCACUAUCAGAAGUAUAUCCUUUUGGCCAGGAACAGUGGCUGUUGAACCCUUUUAUCCACACAACUAGAGCACAAACUGUGGAACAUGUCUUCAACAUGUCCUUCUUAGGCCAUGGACCAGGUCUUUUACAAAACAGAGAAGUAAUAAAAUAUCUUCUGAAUAUGAAAAUCAGAGAAUAAUAAUUUUGGUCCAUUUGAAAAGGUG